GUUUACAAGGCUCUACUUCCGCACCAGUAACAGCUUCUCUAUGGUUCGCGGCUGCGACUGCUGAUGGGGCCUUGUGCGCUUGCGCGAGCCGGGCCCCCUUAGGCCGCCGCCACUACCCCCGUAGUCGGAUGUGUUGAGCUGAGCGGAGCCGGCUGGCGGAACUCGGCGGCAGCGGGCGCAGCAGUCGCCCCGCCCCCGCCCCCUCCGCGGGUCCCGCUGCGCCGCCGUGAAGGGCCGGGCCGCCGCCUCCUCCUCCUCCUUCCCCGCUCCCGGCCGCGCCGCUGGCUCCCCUGGGGUUCCGCGUCGGCAAAUGGUUGGGCCGGAGGAUGCCGGAGCUCAGGGCGGCGCAGCCUUGCUUCCCUCGGGCCGGGAGGAGGAGGAGGCGUCGUCGUCGUCGGAGAAGGACGGCGAGCGGGAUGGGAGCCGAGAGGGCACCGGGGCCCGCCUGCAACGCUACUUGGCCGGCAAGAGGCCGCCCAACGGAGACGCCUGCGGCGCGGGGAGGAUGACCAACGGCGACACCGGCUUCCUGUUGCUGCCGCCGCCUCCCCCUCAGGAGGACCCGCCGAGCUCCCAGGACCCGCCUGGGCCGCCAGCUCCGGAGCGCGGGGAGGAGAAGCUCCGCAACGGGGGCUGCGUCUUUUUCCUGCCGGGCGCCCAGGGCGGCGGCGUGGUUGCUCUCGAGGAGCCGCUGAAGAGCUGCAGCCUGACGGGGGCCGCCGCGGCCGCCGCUCCUGCCAUGUCGCCUUCGCCUUCCUCCUCUUCCUCGGGGAGCCCUUCUUCGCCGGCUUCGGAGGAAGCGGAGAGCCCGGCUUCCCCGACCAGGGCUCUCUCUUGCUUGGGCCCCCCGCUGGCCUUCAUGGACAUCAGCCUCAAUUCCCGCAACACCUUCGAGGUCAGCCGCCGCCGCAGCGCCCCGGAACAUUUGCAGCAGCAGCCCCAGCCACCCACCCUCGCCUCCGCCGUCGGCGGUCAUGUAGCGGCCGCCGGCUCAGAACAGGGGGACCGGGCCAAACGGUUGGGCGGCAUCGCCAGCUCCAGCUUGGCCGAAUUCUUCACGAGGAAUUUCUUCACAAAAAGGACAAAGGAACUCAAACCUGCUGUCCACAGUGCUCCUGGCUGGAAGCUAUUUGGAAAGGUCCCACCAAAAGAGAACCUACAGAAAGACUCCAAAAUAAUUCAACAGGAUGAAAGUUCUGGCAGUGUUGCAUCAGUAUCUACACUCAAUCUAUUAAACACGGGGGAAUAUGAAGCGCGAACAGGAAAAGUAUGUAAACUUGCACCCCAAGCAACAAGACGAAGGCACUUUGAAUUUGAGCCACUUUCAACUACUGCUCUUAUCCUGGAAGAUCGACCAUCGAAUCUUCCUGCCAAAUCUGUAGAAGAGGCUUUACGUCACAAACAAGAAUAUGAUGAAAUGGUCGCAGAAGCAAAAAAGAGAGAAAUUAAGGAAGCACACAGAAGGAAGAAGAUAAUGAAAGAGCGCUUCAAACAAGAGGAGAGUAUUGCUAGUGCUAUGGUGAUUUGGCUCAAUGAAAUACUGCCGAACUGGGAGAGCAUGCGUUCUACAAGGAGAGUUCGAGAAUUGUGGUGGCAAGGGUUACCUCCAAGUGUUCGUGGAAAAGUUUGGAGCCUUGCUGUAGGAAAUGAACUGAAUAUUACUCCUGAACUCUAUGAAAUCUUCUUAUCAAGAGCCAAGGAACGAUGGAAGAGUUUUGGGGAGACAGGUGCUGAGAAUGAUAUAGAAGAUGCUGGAGUUUCGGUUGCUGACCGGGAGGCUAGUUUGGAGUUAAUAAAAUUGGAUAUAUCACGCACAUUUCCAUCCCUCUAUAUUUUUCAGAAGGGGGGUCCUUAUCAUGAUCUUUUGCACAGUGUGCUGGGAGCAUAUACAUGUUACAGACCUGAUGUAGGAUACGUCCAGGGAAUGUCCUUCAUUGCUGCAGUCCUCAUUCUGAAUCUGGAAGAGGCAGAUGCUUUCAUUGCCUUUGCAAACCUUCUGAACAAGCCAUGCCAGCUGGCCUUUUUUCGUGUGGAUCACAGCAUGAUGCUAAAGUAUUUUGCAGCAUUUGAAGUGUUUUUUGAGGAAAACCUUCCCAAAUUGUUUCAUCACUUUAAAUCAUACAACCUUACCCCAGACAUAUACUUGAUAGAUUGGAUCUUCACUCUGUACAGCAAGUCACUACCCCUUGAUCUGGCCUGUCGAGUCUGGGAUGUCUUUUGUAGAGAUGGAGAAGAAUUUUUGUUCAGAACUGGAUUAGGAAUUCUUAGAUUAUAUGAAGAUAUCCUCCUGCAGAUGGACUUCAUUCAUAUAGCACAGUUUCUGACAAAGCUGCCUGAAGACAUCACAUCGGAGAAACUCUUCACUUGCAUUGCAUCUAUUCAGAUGCAGAAUAGUAACAAAAAAUGGGCUCAGGUGUUUGCCUCGUUAAUGAAGGAUAGCAAAGAAGGAGACAAGAAUCAUAGUCCAGCACUAAAAAGUUAACUUCAAAGUUAAUGGGGAUACAGAAAAACCACUUGGGUUGUUAAAGGAUUCUAAACAUUUUCCCAAUGAAAACCACUAAGGAGAAACGGCUUGGGAGACCUAAGGAAGAGACAGUAUUUGACUGAAUGCAGUGGUGGAAUUUGAUGAAAUGGUUCACCCUGUUGCCAGUAUUAAAGAGCUUUUUGUGGGAAGAUUGCUUUUCACAGGAAGCAAAGUAAUAAAAACUUGUGAAACUGAGAAAAUGGCUAAUGCAUAUUUAAUAUUUAAAGUUUAAUGCAAUAAAAAUUUGUAAUAACUUUUUGUUGGUACUUAAAAUUUUGAGGGAUACCUUUUUUUUAUGAUUACCGCAAAGGCACUUUGGGGAAGAGGGCAGAUGUUAAAGUCAGGCCCAAAAACUGCUACCUGAACCAAACAUUUUGGUACACAUACCUCCAAAAUUAACCAGUGAAAUUCUUAGGACCAAAUAAGUUUCUUUUGGUAUACAUGCUUGCCAGAUAAAAUAGGAGACUUUAUUUAUGCUUUACUAGGGUCCUCUCUAAACUGCAGGUUCACUCUUCAGUUAAACGAAUGUAUGUAGGUUGGAACUGAGGAAGUUGCUCCCAGUCUUGCCUCAAAGUCUUUGGCAAAAGGUCUUUUGGCCUAAAGGUGGCAGUGGUCAGGCUCUGCAGACUGUGUGUCUGUAAGCAACUGAUGGGUUUCUGGAAUUUUGCAUUCUGAAGUACUGGGUGGGCAGCUAGCUUACAGGAAAAUUAGAUUAUUAUAUUCCACAAGAAUCAGAUGAAUUGUUGUUGAUUUCUAAUCAAAGUGACCUAUACUUGAUGAUGAACACUAGUAUAAUUAAUAAGCUAGUGGCAAGUCCUUUUGCACAUUUUAAGGAAUGUUAAUGUUGAAAGUUUGAGUCCCUGUAUAUUAAAACUUUAAAAUACAGAAUUAAAUAGCUUUGAACUGCGGUGUGUACAAUAAUGAAUACUCCAAAUGCAUACUGUCAGUCUAAAUUUUCUCAUAAUAUUAACACCAUACUGUAAAGGUAACAUAUGGAAGCUCUUCAACUUCACACUCCUAAAACAUUUUAAAAUGGCUUUUGAACUGGAGGGGGUGGAAAGAAUACCUCUUAAACUCUCUGAGCAGCUAAUGCUACUUUCUAAAUCCAUUUUGAUAGUAUUAAUGUAAAUAAAAUUGCAUUUACUUUUUUGUACCUGGUCCCUGUAUGUGGAAAUGAAGUCAAAUUUAUCAUUGCAUUUUAAAAAAGAGUGAGACUGCUUCAGUUGUCAAGUGUUCACAGAAGUUGCAGAACCUGUUUUAAAGAUUUGAGUUACAGUAUGUUGUAAUAUUUAUGUUGCUAUCAAAUUUAAAACUACAUUUAAAUACUCUUUACAACAUACAAUUUGAAUCUUAAUGUCUGAUUUUUCUUAUGUAUUUACUUACUUGGUUCCAGUGUAUGUCCUCUGUUUGGGUUCUCUUGUACAGUUUUCUUACUUUUCAAGUAUACACAUGUAUAUACAUUGUAAAUAGAAGGGAUUUAGCCUUCAUGCAAGACCACUAGUAACAAUUCCUAUGUAAAUAAAACUUGUAAGCAGAA